CCACAGGGUUUAUGCAUUCUUAGUUUCCAUUCCACAUUGGAGCUUUGUUACAUUUUGCUCACACCAUUUCAUUUGGUAUUGCUAGAAGUACCACUGAAUUCAUUAAAGGUAUGGAUACGAAAACCUUGCUGUACAUUUUGGUGACCAUUUCUGCGUGUGGAGGAUUGAAGAUUCCUGAAAGAGCGACGCAAGAGAAGGCAAAGCACUCGGGGAUCCUCACCCAUUUGCCACCCCCAAUCUGGAAAAGUUAUGCUCAGAACAAAGUUGAAUUCUUCCGACAGCAUCUGAGGAGUGACACCAAAGAUUGGCCUUCCAAGUGCAUUUCAUCUUCAAGAGGGAUAAACGUUCAUCCACAAAGUAAACUCCUUACAGACACACCUACGGAGAAGGGUGGCGUGGCUGUGCGGCCUCAUGAUGUCCUUUCUAACUGGGCAUCAAGGAAAGUGCCUGAGAAAGUAUCACAUGUCAGGAAAGUCACUGGAAAGUCAGACAAUCUUUCUGAGACAACCCCUGAGUCCCUGAGGAAGCUACUGAAUGAGCUGAAACAAAAGCUCCCUCUAAGUACAGAAAAUACCUCCCAAAACUGCCCCAACAUGUGUCCACCAAGUGAGGCGUUCUUGCCCUGCCAGUGCGAUCCAUGCUCCUUGGUCAUCAACUGCUCUGCUGUUACCAAUCUGAACAAACUGCAGGAACUCUUUCACACAGUGUCUUUUCCUACAACGAGGUACCACACAUUCAUGAUGAAAUCCCACGAGUUCCCUUCAGUGCAGAACCAAACCUUACUCACAGACAACCUCUUUGGUGGAGUUUCUUUCAUCAAGAUAGAUAUUGAGAAUACCCACGUGGAAAGUAUAGCAGCCAAUGCAUUUGCUGGAAGUGAGGGGACACUUGAGGAAAUCUCCUUGCGGUAUAACCCUGAUCUUCGAUACUUUCCCUUCGAACAGGUAGGAAUGGAAUGAUUUACUAUUGCAAGA